AUGACCCGUCCGGCGCAUCGAAAAUGGAUUGGGUUGUUUGGGUUCGACUCCCAGGGACCCUCAGGCGACGAUAAACGCUCGAUUGUCGCCCGAUGGAGAUCAUCGGUUUCACCUGUUCCAGAGACAGCCAGAACAUUUCUGGGCCCUCGGGCCUUGCAGAGGAAUCGUGUGUCAUGGUGCCAUUCCACAAGGAGCGAUACUGCCCCUUACAUCACACUGGCUUCUGGGUUCUUCUCUCCUGGACUUAGCGCCAGAGACGAUGACGACGAGCAUCCCCUUCGCUGGCAGCGUUGGCUAAAUCAAAUCUACUUUGUUGAUAUCCCCGGUGACAACUUCUGGAAUUUCACGCAAGCCAACAGCAAAGACCUCCAACCUCUGUGGGCACGCGGGCGGGAACACAGUCGCUGGACUCUUGACGAAGGUGACGAUGAUCAUCCCGAAAGAUUAGUACUUCGCUGGGAGCGUUGGCUCAAUCAACCCCACUUGCGCAAUCACGGUGAGGAGUUCUGGAACUUUACACAAGCUAACAGCGAAGAACUUCAACCUCUGCGGGCACGCGGGCGGGAAUACAGUCGCUGGGCUCUUGACGAAGGGGUCGAGCCAAUCUUCCACACCAUUGGUAAGCCUGGAACAGGAAAAUCGAUGCACAUGGAGGGGGAUCUUCAUUUUUGGCAGGAUGAAGACGACCUUCGAAGCAACAGCUGGUGGGAAACCACCAAGCAAACACUGAGUCCAAGAAUCUUCUUCCGCAAGUUCCAGCAAGGAGGACCUCGUGGCGAAGAGAACUUCCAUACCAUGAUUCGCGCCAUCCUCUCUAGGCUCUUAGAGCUAAAGAACUAUAAUGGUUUUUUUCUGAAGCGAACAGUCCCGGAGCUGGCUUGCUUGCUGUUCCCUGGCAGGGCAGAUAAAACACCCAGCCGACCCCUAGAAUUUUUGGAUGAGAAGUGCGUCGCCGCCUGGCAGGCCCUGGUACCCAGGGACUACUUCAUAGGGGACCACGAGGUACUGUCCGCCUGGAAUCGGCUAGUCACAUCUGAUGCCAUCUACGAAAAGCAUAGAAUUUUCCUGGAGCUUGACGGGUUGAAUCACCUCAAUCCAGCGGACCAUACUCGGGUGCUGGAUGCUCUGACCGACUGGGUGCGUCUCAGGCCGCGAGAUGUGAAGAUCUGCAUCACCAGUUGCGGCGAGCCGGCAUUUCAGAGAGCCCUUGGCUCGUAUCCCGGUUACAAUCUCAAUGAGGUAAACUUUAUCGAGAUGCUGUGGUAUGUCCAUGCGCAGCUGACUGGAGAGGGAAUUAAGCCGACACAUGGUGCCACAUUAAAGGGAUCACAACAUAGAACGCACUUUUAUGCGGUGUGGCGCGAGUACGCAGGGCUAGGGACUGUUGAAGAGCGAAAUCAGCUGGAGCGCCGGAUCGUUGAGAUGGCAGAUGGUUCGUUCCGAUGGCUCGUCAAGUUCGUCAGAGGGUUGGUCCAAGAGGAUAUUCGUCCAGGAAUCACUCGUCCUUUUAUACGAUUCAGUGACCUUGACGCCGCUGUUGAUAGGCGCUUUGAAAGCUUCAAACCAUGUGAUGUUUAG